AUGGUUAUGCAACCCAUCCAGACCUUUGAGCGCGAGUAUACCAUCCCCGCUCACCUCCGCCACACCGCAGAUGAGCCGUUGUCUGCCAAGGCAAGCACCCGUCUCCGCCAGAUGCUUGCUCGUCCUGGUAUCGUAGCUGCUCCUGGUGUAUGCGACGGUAUCAGUGCUCGCUGCGCUCUCGAGGCAGGCUUCGAAUGUCUCUAUCAGAGCGGUGCCGCCACUACUGCUGCCAAGCUUGGCAUGCCCGAUCUCGCUAUCGCUACACUGCCUGACUUUGUCCAAAACGCUGGCAUGAUUACCAGCCUCAGCUACUCUACUCCGCUCAUUGCCGACGCCGACACUGGCUUCGGCGGGCCUGCGAUGGUAGCUCGUACAGUGCAAAUGUACGACCGGGCCGGCGUGGCAGCUCUCCACAUCGAAGAUCAGGUUCAAACUAAGCGAUGCGGACACCUGCUUGGCAAGCAAGUCGUCUCCACUGAGGAGUUCGUGACCCGUAUCCGUGCAGCUGUCCAGGCUCGCGACGCUAUCCCGGGGUGCGACAUUGUUGUGAUUGCUCGUACCGACUCUGCUCAGGUGCUCGGCAUGGAUGAGGCUAUCCACCGCUUGCAAGCAGCUGCCUCUGUCGGUGCUGAUGUAGCGUUCAUCGAGGGUGUGAAGACCAAGGAGCUGCUCGAGAAGACUGUGAAGGCAUUGGCUCCUACACCUGUGCUUGUGAACGUUAUCUCAGGCGGUCUGACUCCUUCGUUCACUACCCAAGAGGCAGAGGCAAUGGGUGCAAAGAUCAUCAUCUUCUCUCUUGUCUCAGCCGUCGCGGCAGUGCAUGCGAUCCGCGAGGCAAUGGCGCUACUGAAGAAGACCGGCACUGACCACACAUCUGCCCGGGGAAUGGACCCACGCAAGUUCUUCGAGGUUGUUGGCCUGGACGAGGUGAUCGAGGUUGACAGGCGUGCAGGUGGCACUGCUCUCAGCUCUAUCUGA